CCCAUAAUUCAUUAGAAUGGAACUCUCAAACAGAUUAGUAACAAAUUGAUCAAAGACAACUCCAAGAACAUACGAAACCGCUGUGACUAUGCAGAGUUUGUACAUUUUUAUAACGUUGCUUAUUGUGCAGUGCUGCUGUGCAACAACGGUGAGUGGACAACAGCAGCAGCAACAAUCUGGUGGCAAAGCACUUUGUGAUAUUGAAGGAAUCCAUGCAGAAAUUAUGACGGCAAUUCGGUUAUUGAAGCUGAAGCAGAAGCAAUUGACGGAAAUAAAAGGGAUUGAGCGACAAGACGAUGACGAUGAGGACAUUCCGUACUAUGUUCCCGCUAUCGCCAAGGUCAUCGGAUCCAUCUUAGCGCAGAACGCUACCAACGUCAUUGAGGAGUCAUUUGGCUUUAUUCCACCGGAAGUAAACAAAAAUAUACGAUACGUCUUGGGUUUGGUGGCUGAAACGGUCAAGGAACUCCGACCCUCAAUGGCUUCCGCCACAUUAAAACCAACCCAAGUAGGGCAACAACUCGGUUCAGGGGUUGCAGGAAAUGUAACAAAUAUGGAACCAACUGACGCCCAAGUGGCAGAGAUUGAAGCCCUUUUAGCUUUUGCCAUAGCUCAACAAAUUGGAGAAAAUAUUGGUACAAAUGUCAGUGAAUUAGCAAUGUCUAAUAAUUCAGCCGAUAAAACUGGCGCUACGACGCCUCUGUUUGAAGAAAAUUCAGUCACUGUGAAACCAUCAGAGUUGUCUGAAAAUGAAGCACUUGGUCCAACUGCAGCCGCAGAGUCAAUCACGGAACUAGUUUCUUUUAGCAGUACGUAUAAAUAUUCCGAUGUCCAUUUAGGCGAUGUCAACUCGGAACGAGUGUCGUCUGCAGCAGGACUGGCCAUUUACGCACCUGCAUAUGCUCCCAAUUAUGUGGCAACUUCGAGCACUCUGAAAAUUCCUGUUUAUGCCCCCGCAUUUGACCACCAGAGCUACACCACUCCAAAAAUAUUGCAAGACGUCGAUCUAAAAAACACAACCGAAACUACGACUGAAGAGUCGUCUACGGAUGACAGUUCCACGGAUGCAACCUUGUCUACCACCACCGACGAUGACGAUGACGAAGACUAUGACGAUGGCCAAAAUAAAUAGCACUAGCACAUGCAUACAAAAUGUUUUGCGCAUAUAAAUAUGGGUUUCAUAAUGCGUAAUUAGAUAAUUUUAUUUUGGUCAGCCAAUUAUGUUUUAGUAAUACCAUCACUAACAAAAUUUUUGAUGUGUCGAAAUUAGUUAAUUUAAUGAAUAAAUAAUUAUUGAGACUUAA